AAUCUCAGCAUUACUAUCCCUCGCGGCUGCAUUUGGGACAAUGAGUCAUGAUCCCCGUACGCCGCCUCUAGUAUCUCUUUUGGCAGGCGGAGCGGCUGGAGCAAUCGAGGGCUUCUCAACUUAUCCAUUCGAAUUCGCCAAAACUCGCGUGCAGCUUCGAGAGAAGAAGGGCCAACCAACUCCCCGCAAUCCCUUCAAGGUCGUGGGCCAGGUGUACACGGAGGAGGGCCUGAGGGCAUUGUACAAGGGCUGCUCGGCGCUGGUGAUCGGUAGCGUGGCCAAAGAUGGCAUCCGCUUCCUCUCCUUCGACACCAUCAAGGAGAACUUCAAGGAUGCGGAGACGGGCACGCUGACGCCUCUGCGCAACCUGACGGCCGGCAUGGCGAGUGGUGUCGUCGCGUCCAUCUUCGCCGUCACCCCUACCGAGCGCGUAAAAACCGCUCUGAUCGACGACGCGCGCAACGACAAGCGCUUCACCUCCAACCUGCAGGCCAUCAAGCUCAUCCUGAAGGAGGAUGGGUUUCUCGGGCUCUACCGUGGCUUUGCGGGCACCACGCUGAAGCAAGCCGGCGCCACUGCCAUGCGCAUGGGCACGUACAACAUCCUCAAGGACUACGAGAAGACGCGCGAUAUUGCGCAGACUACCCUCACCAACUUUGUUAACGGCAGCAUAGCGGGCACCAUCACCACCCUGACCACCCAGCCCUUUGACACCAUCAAGACGCGCUGUCAGAGCGCAAAGGGCGCGAGCACGGUCGAAGCAUUCAACAGUGUCAUUGCAGAUUACGGGGUCCGUGGCUUUUGGAAAGGAACGACCAUGCGACUGGGGCGGACGGUGUUCAGCGGCGGGAUUCUCUUCACCGCAUACGAGUGGAUGGUUGCCAUCAUAAACCCAAUCUACAAGCGAGAAGUCAUAUAGAAG